UCGAGGCUGAAAGCAUGCGAGUACAAACCUGGGUUGCAAUCUUCAAUCGUGAUACCAACUGGAUCUGCAGAUAUGUAGAUAAGACUGGAGAUGGACGAGAGGAAAAGGAAAGCAAGUUAGUCUCCGGUACGCAGACCAAUGACGAGUCUUUUGAGGGAGGGAGAGACGACCCGUAUAAAGGCUUGCCGGAUGAUCGCCAGGCAUGCCGGAUCAAUGCCGGUGGCUGCAAAGUGGCUGAGGACACUUGAUAGAAUUUUACGAGCUACCACCAUGUAUUGUCUACAACCGCCUCAAGAAACAACUUGUUUCUACUGUCCCAACUGCAUGGUUUUGCUCCCAGCAUUUUUAGGUUCACCUGUGCAAGUUCAGACCUCGACUCCUCAGUCUUCGAUCCCACAGAGAGAUCUGUUCUCGCCGCAACUUGUCCAUGGUUCGUUUGGAUCCCCAAGUACCCCUACGGCAACCAAUUAUGCAACAUCAAGUCUUUCAAGUUAUUUAAUUACUCCUACAUCUCUUCAAACAUGUCCCCAUACCUGUGACACCAAGAAAGUCCUCGAAUCAGCAGUUUUGAGACCCAGAAAAUGUUGAUCCAUGCACUCCAACAAAAUUUCCUAUAAAGAAGCGCAGGAGGAGCCCAUCACAGAAGUUAGAUGAUAUUCUGCAUACCAUCAAAACUGCUCAUUGGAC